AUGACCGAAAAAAUGUCUUAUAAUGGCGAAAACAUUAAACAGCCAAAUGUUGGAUGGUUUUUCUCAAGAAAAUAUAUUACUGAAAACGAUGCUUAUUUAUUUGAUAAACAAAUAGCUACAAUUUGUGCAAAUUAUGGAAAGAUUGGAUUUUCUUUUAUUACUUAUCCAAUUGGGGGUAUUUAUCGGUAUAAUUGUCAAAUUAAUAAAAAUAGAAAUGCUCGGCCUAUUCACCUUCCAGAUUUGCAAAUGGGGAUUCAAUUUUGGCAAAAAUAUGUUAAUUGUGCAUUGUCUAGUUGGAUUGAGAUGGAUUAUGCUAGAUAUUUAGGGAUUAAUAAUGUUUUGAUUGAAUUGAAACACUCAGAAUCUCCAAAAUUGGCAAAAUUAAUAAACAAUUUUUUGGAUUCUUCUAAUUGUGAAUUGAGUUUUUGGAUUCUUCUCCCAACAAAUUCUUAUCUUUUUAAAAAUGAAGAUUGUUGGCUUGUUUGGAGAAAUUUUCGAACACUUUGUAAUAAUUGUAACCAUUUAUUUGUUGGGUUAGCUUUUACUGAGGAUUUGGGGGAUGAAUUUGCAUCUUAUAAACAAAUACAAAGGUGGAAAGCUGAACCGGUAAAAAAUAUUUUUUUCGGUAUUUUAAAAUGAGUGGGGAAUUUAUAAUGGAUGAGCUUGUGAGGUUUUUUUUA